AUGCCAGCCUUUAGCGCAUAUAUCGGCACCUGCUCCAAGUCCAGAGGUGCCUCUGUAUCAACCCUCGCCACCAUCCACCAUUUCCCUAUAACAGCACGCAAGCAGUUCUCCAGCAUGGCCAACCGAGCUUCGACCAAGCGACCAGAGGACUUUGUGCAAUUCCUGAAUGCCUCUCCGACUCCUUUCCAUGCCGUGCGAUCAGCUAAGCUCCGUCUUGAGAAGGCGGGCUUCAAGCCGAUCAAGGAGCGAGACUCAUGGAACAGCACCCUUCAACCCGGCGGCAAGUACUGCCUCACCCGAAAUGCCAGCACAAUCGUCGCCUUCGCCAUUGGCAGCGCAUGGAAGCCAGGCAACCCAGUAUCCAUGGUCGGCGCACACACAGACUCGCCUUGCCUACGGAUCAAGCCUGUCUCGAAGCGCUCAGCAGAUGGCUUCCUCCAGAUCGGUGUCGAGACCUAUGGAGGUGGAAUGUGGCACACUUGGUUCGAUCGUGAUCUAGGCGCAGCAGGCAGAGUGAUGGUCAAGGGCAAGGACGGCACAAUCGAGCAGAAGCUGGUGCGGAUCAGCAAGCCAGUCUGCAGGAUCCCCAACUUGGCAGUACACUUCGGAGGGUAUGAGCCGUUUGAGUUCAACAAGGAGAACCAGCUCUUCCCCAUCACAGGCCUGGUCUCGGCGGAGCUGAACAGACAGGGCAAGACGGCGGAGCAGAUCAAGAAGGACGAGGGCGAGAAGGAGAAGGAGGCUGGAUUCGAGCCGUUGAAGACUGCCACACAGCGACACCAUCCAUAUCUGAUCGAUUUGAUCGCUCAAGAGGCCGGUGUACAGGUCGAUGAUGUGCUUGACUUCGAGAUGGUGCUCUACGACACACAGCCUUCCUGCAUCGGCGGCAUCAACGACGAGUUCAUCUUCUCUGCACGUCUUGACAACUUGGGCAUGACCUAUUGCGCCGUCGAAGGUCUCAUCCAGUCCGUCGCCUCGCCCUCAGCGCUCAAGAACGACCCCACAAUCCGCCUGAUCGCCUGCUUCGACCACGAAGAGAUUGGCUCGCAGUCCGCUCAAGGCGCAGACAGCAACAUGCUCCCUUCCGUCAUCCGCCGCCUAUCAUGCCUCCCCGCCAACCACGACGACAGCGAAAAGAGCUACGAGAAAGUUAGCGGAGACGUAGACAACACCACGGCAUACGAACAAACUCUAUCAACAAGCUUCCUCGUGAGUGCAGACAUGGCACAUUCCGUCAACCCCAACUAUGGCGGCAAGUACGAACCAGAACACAAACCACACAUGAAUGAGGGCACCGUCAUCAAGAUCAACGCCAACGUGCGCUACGCCACGAACUCACCCGGUAUCGUACUUCUCCAGGAAGCUGCGCGGAGAGCCAAGCCCACAUCAUGGCAGCUACCAGAAGCCAAGAGCAAAGACCGCGGUGUGCCACUGCAGCUCUUCGUGGUGCGCAACGAUUCGAGGUGUGGAAGCACGAUCGGGCCUAUGCUCUCUGCUGCGCUUGGUGCGAGGACGAUCGAUGUUGGGAACCCACAGCUGGCCAUGCAUUCGAUUCGUGAGACAAGUGGUGCGCAUGAUGUGGAGCAUGGUGUUAAUUUGUUCGAUAGCUUCUUUGAGCAUUAUGGUGAGCUUGAGGGGAAGAUUUUGGUUGAUUGA